AUGCGAUUUGGGUUUACCCUCAUGGGCAAAAUCCAGCCAUACGGGUUGGAAGAAGCGUACGGAUACUUUGAUUCGGAUCUCUAUAUGUCAGCCCAGCUUUCCUUCGAUGGCAGGGGGACAUUGGAUAUUAACAACGGCGAUGGCGUCUUAAGGGACCUGCUCUCCAGCCCUUUUACGGCCUAUGAAGCUUCACACCCCGGCAUUGUCUCCUUCUCCCCACAGCUCAACGCCGAAGUCUUUGAGCCAGGGUCGUCCAAGACCUUGAAGACCAAUGUUCCGCCGGGCCUGGGUGCCUUCAUAGGGGACAUCCUCGAUAACAAGCUUGACAAGGCAGUCGAUGGAAAGUUUUCAGUUCAGAAUGCCUCGCUCGACACUGUGUUCGCCGUGAACCUCAACCUAGAAGCGACUAUGCAAUUGAAGAUAUUUGGGUACGAGACCUCAAUUCAGGAUGCAGGUGCCGAGAUAACUACGCGGGUACCCCACUCGAUCCGUCUGGUGGGCGACAUGGGCACUGGGUCACCAGGAAUCAUGAACGCUCCUCAACAUGCCUCGGCCGACAUUAUACAAAGAGGCACAGUGAAAGACGGCUGGGAUGACGGCGCGACGCAUCUUCUCGGUUCUCGGCCCAGCCAGUCCCUUUUAUUUACGGGUGGGGACGAACCAGACGAGAGGGAGGCCCCCGAUAUCAAUGGCUAUGCAGUUUUCGGUGUUAGGAACUUCAUGACAUGCUCUAGUGCAUCCUUCACUGGCGAACUGGUUUGCUACUACGACAUUUACAAUGGAACAGAUGACGAAGAUCCAGGUGACGAAGACCCCGACGGCGGCCCGAUUACACAUUUAGGCCGAGCCGCCGGUCCGACUGGUGGCAAUGCUGAUACAUAUCCCAUCCCCGGAUAUGUACCAAACGUGAAUCCCAACACCGCAGUUGACGAGUUCGAGUUCCACACACCUACGUACCCAGCCGGCAACAAUUGGGACGCACUCGACGAGUCAACAGGCCGAAACGAGCGAUACGCUCCUGCCAACCCAGCCAAUUGCUUGGACACGACAGUGACGGCCAAUGGAGUCCAAGGAGUCAACUAUGAUCGAAUGAAUUCCGAUCACGUGGAUGAUAGAUCCAUUUUCCCGGGCGAUGAGGCAGUCUUUUUUCAAAGCGGCAAGUUCAUGACAUGCAUUAAACCUGGUUGUAUGCUCGAUAUGGCAAAUGGAAUCACUCACACAAGCACAAAUGAUCUGAUGACAUUCGAAAACUUGCUCAACUACUUCGCCGCUGACUACAGGGCGUGGGUUCCGACACAUGUCGAGCCCAACGCCCCUCCAGGGUCUGCAUCCGGCAACGUAGCAGAUGCGAUGGGUUCCACUACCAAUCCAAGCUCAAUGGUGAACCUGGAAGAGUCCCUGAACCAGCUCAAAGGACGCAUGUACACAACACAAGGCCGAGCCGCGGCUCAAAGCGUAUGGGACAGUUGGAUGGAGAAUCCAAGCCAAACGAAUGCCGAGGCAGCCUUCUCCAGCACGUUCCCCCAGCGACCCGAGCGACUGGCAACACUCGACGCGGAGUUCCGUACCCUUUUGGACCAACGAGUCGUCAACUUCGCGACGGAGUAUGUUACACGCAGUUUGGAUGAUAUGGACAACUCGUAUGGACCGCUAGCGCAGAAUCCGCGUUUGGCGAAGUUCGUCGUCGACGGGGUAGCGACUCUGAGGGCGAAGAUAGCCACGGAGAUUGUGUUAUAA